AUGGAGUGGUUCAGCCAGAAAUUGGACUUUCUCAAAAGCGACUUGAGAUUGUUUGAAUUUUCUUCCGAAGGCUCUUUCAGAAUACGGACUGUGAGGUUACAGAAGACUGAUCGAAAUCCUGAUGUCUCAGAUCACACAACAGAGGAUGCCUUUCUCGCAUGGCUAGCAUUGGAAGAAUCGUCACUAGAGCUUCCAGGUUUGGUGCUUGUGAUGCAUCAAAGACUAGAUGCGAUCGAUCCUCACGGUGCUAAGGCGUUGCCGUACGCAGAGAGUACUUUCAAAAUACUGGCUCGACGACUGUAUCAGCACCGUUCGCUCUCCUUCCUUCUCAAGAGAGCCUCUACCGCCGUCUUCAAUUGCCGAUCUGUGUCAUGGGAGGGAAGUCUGGCGUCUAUGCCAUCUAUAGUUUAUAACUGCAAGUCUGACAUCGAAUCCCCACCACCGCACGUAAGAAAUCCAAACGAUGUAGCAUUAGCAGUCACUUCGUUUCCGACCAUUGGCACAGCGUACGCAGUGAUGUACGGCUGUACGCAACCCAUCAUCGACUUGGUUUCCAAAUACCUGAAAGGUUUUGGAGGACAAGCCCUCCACCCUCUCGUUAUGCCCAUGAUAUUCGCCGAGAUAGAACGCAAACGUUUGUUUGAUCUUCUUGAUGUGGAGAAAACCACGCUCAGGCGACGUAUACUGGAUUUGGAAAACAAACUUCGAGGGGAAGCCCAAGGUUCAAUCUCCGAGAAAGGAGACACCGAGCCAUUUUCAAGUACAAGGGACUGUGAAUCAACAAAGCUUUGGAUCGAUGUCAGCUCACUCAAAAAUGGACUCGAGAGUCUCAUGGUUCAGCUCCAGAACUUGAUUGAACAUUCGGGGAAUCUAGCUACGACGCAAUUUAAGCCACCUGUCGAUGGCAGUCAUGAGGUCGAUAAAUAUAUCGAAGAGCGAAGAACCGGAAGCCGGAUCGUGAUGAGACUACGCGAAAUGGUUGAUGAGCUCGGAAGCAAGAUUCGAAGCUGCCAAGGCCUCCUCGGCGGCAUGUCACUAGCUGCACAGAUGGAAUCAAACUACUACACAAGACGCGACGCCAGAGUAUCCAUUUAUAUUGCGAAUGCUACGCAGAAAGAUGGCAGCCAAAUGAGAAGCAUUUCACUCCUGGGAAUGAUCUUUUUGCCCGGGACAUUUCUUGCUUCGCUUUUCUCGAUGUCUUUCUUCAACUGGACUCCCCCAGAUGGAAAUCAAAUCAUCUCUCCGUGGAUCGCACUGUACGGCGUCCUUGCAAUCGUGAUUACACUAGUCACUGUUUGGAGGAUGAGAAAAUGGAUGGAUGCAGAAGAGAGGAAAGCUAGAGAUCAGAUGAGGAAGGAGGUUUAUAGCGAUGGUGACUCUUUUGCAUGA